AAUCAGCUUCUACCAUGUCAGGGGAACUGUGUUUUGUUGCUGUCAGAGACGAAUGGGGGUUAAUGAGGAGAGGGUAAAUCAUGGCUGCUUCCUCGGUACGGUGGCGAAAUAGACUAUAUGUUUUCUUGUUGCUGUGUCCCCUAUGUGCCCCAGCCUUCCUUAACUUAGAGGAGCUGAAUGAAAUGAAAUAUGGAAUUCAGAUUCUCUCUGAUCCCGUCAUUCUGGGCCAGGUGAGUGAGGUGUUUGGGUUUGGGUGAGCUAACUGCUAGCUUGUAAGUAACCUAGCAUGAAAUAUCUUCCCCUUACAUUUACACGCAGAUAAAACGAACAGCUCGUACAUUGGCUUGAUAUCAAACGUAGCUUAAAAUAAUAUACUGUGUUUAUAUUUGUUUCAGAAGGGUAAAUACAGAGGUUUUUCCCCAAGUAAUCUACGCAGUUAUAGUUGUUGACAGCUGUCAGAACAAUCUGAACUUCCCCACUUUCCCCUCAGCUGAUUUCCUCAAGUGUUCAGUGAGUGAUCGAGAUGAGAAAUAAAAUGGUAGUGAUGAUAAAUCUCCUUUAAUUUGCUAAUAAGUGUGAUUAUCAUAUGUAGAGAUACUGCAGCGUACAGUAGGGGAGAGAGGGGAAAGUUGAGCUACCCCCUGUUGCUUGGAAAUGGUAAAAGAAAUUGAUCUUGUGACCAAAUAUUUAGGAGAUGGUCAUCAAUUCAUGGAGUCUGUGAAGGUUAGAAGCACAUGGGUGAAGGGGUUAGACAUUUAUUAAAAAAAACAAAAAAAAACAUCUUUCACUCUUGAAAGUGAAUUUAAUCUGUCAUAAGUUUCAUUAGAAUUGUAUUCAGACCUAAAAAAGAUCAUUUUAAAUUUGUUUUAUACAUAAACUGUUGUAUCUAUGAGCUACAACAUGGGGUCAAAAACCAACAUAAAAGUCCACCAUUUUAGCUUAGAGGACUAAUAAAGUCAUCAUAGUAGUUCUGGGGUAAGUUGAGCCAGUGGCUCAAUUGAGAAAGUAAAGAAGUUUGAUGAGAGGAUCAGAGUUUCAGUUCAGAUUGUUGAAAUGUGUUACUUUUUCUUUUAAAAAAUACAGCUGUGAAUGUUGUGAACAUAGACUGUAUAAACUAUGGACAACUUGGUUCCGCCUCCCGCCUGUAUACGGAUUUGAAGCCAAAAAGCUCUUGGGAUUUCCGCGAUUUUUCUUCAUUUCCUGAAACCAGUGCUGCGCAGUAGUGUUGUGCACAUUCGGUGGGAGAGUCGCCGAAAGUCGCUGUGAUGACGCUCGGCUCAAACAGUGUAUCUCAAUACACUAGGCUGUAUCAGGUGUCAAUCAUGGAAAACAUGAACUCCCUCAUAACUUUUAAAAAAUGAGCUUCACAGAAAAGGACUUGAGCACAAACCAGUCUUACUGUAACUACGUCGCAUGUCAACGUCGCAAGCAGUGGGGAGAAAAAUUUUUGUUCUGUGUAAUAAAUUUCUAAAGUUUGUCCUCAGCUCCAUAAGCUUUGCUGGCGGAGGCGGGAUUUAUGACCUAUACUGCAGCCCAUCAAAAGAGAGUGCUGUUCUCGGGGUGGUUUCACCCAUUGAGGAGGCAGAUGCUGUCCAUUCUAUAUACAGUCUAUGGUUCUGAAUCACUUAAAAACAUUCUCAUGUUAAAAUGGCUUUUUACAAAACAGCUUUUUAGCAGUUAUAUGCAAUAAUGAAAAUAAGAAUUAUUGUACCAGUUAAAUAGCGUAUAAUCGAUAAAAAAAAACACAUUAAUGUGAAGAAGUGACUGUUAUUUGGGGAAAGAGAAGGUGAGGGAGGGCUUGGGAGGGCCUAUACAUGGGUAAGUUGACAGUAGGAGACCACUCUUUUUUUUUUGGCAUGCUAUAUUAUCAAGACAGUUAUGUUUACACUCAUUCUGUUUGUUUGCAGGGAGGCACAACAUCUUGAAAUAUAUGCAGAUACACUAGUUAGAGACUAAACUAUGAUUGCCUUGAUGUAGUGAUCUGAAAUAUGAAAAAUGGCUCAUCUUACCCCACUCUCCCCUAUUUGUCUUCCUUUUAGACCAAAACAGAGGAGGUGAUGAUGGUGUCCAAUAAGUACAAGCAGUUGUAUGAGUGUCGACUUCCAGCCAUGGCAGUCCGGUUUCAUCAAGAUCCAGCAUCUGAGCCGGAAUCACCAGGGUACACUGGGCCCGACAUCCCGGACCUACUCAGUCCAAUGCACAAUAACCACUGUCUAGUGAAGGUAACAGUCUGAAUGAGCGGUUGACUCAUCAAACCCAGUACUUGGAAAGUGGUAUUUAUUUUUGGAGACUGAGGAGAAUUUACAAAAAAAUGUUUUGAACCCCUUGGUUCUGUCAUAGUACAGUAUGUGAGAUACUGUAUAACAAAGCUUUACGUUAGUGGGAUAAUAAGUUUUGUUAAUUUAUUCAUGCUUAAAUCUCAGACAAACAAACUUCAGACUAUUUUGAGACUCAGGUGUGAGCUGCAUGUGAGAAAAUCUGAGCUGCCACUCACUUUUCUCGCAAAGGAUAAUCAUUCAAGAUGAAUAGUUAUCUAUGUAGGCCACCACAUGCUUGUAUGAGAGCUGGGUUCUCUUUGUUUGAAAGGAGCAUGUCAAUUUUCUUCAAUUACUUGUUGCACUGGAGGACAAAGUGUACCAGUUAUUUACAGACUGAUUACCUGUUUUAAGUUUUUUGGUAUUUGAGGCAUGUUACAAUGUGCAGACAACAAUCUGUAAGAACUAGAUCCACGGCCAAGAAAAUCCUGAUUUAUCUGGUUGCAGAAGACAAAGUAUGAAAAAAAAGCCUCUGAAACUAUUUAACCUCCUCUCAUGCUGUCUUUCCAGAUCUGUCAGAUACUCAUAACAGUACUGAACCAUGAAAAGCUGGAAAAGCAGAGAAUAGUGAGAUAUAAGCACUCAGCACAUAUGUCGCAGGUUGUAGUGUUGUGAGAUUCCUACAAAAGUUUACAAAAUAUCACUGGAUUCUUGUUAGAGCAUCACAGACUCAUGUCUGAUAAAAUAAAACCUGGUAUUUUGAUGCCAGUCAAACUAAAAGUGAAUUUGAUUAUUAUUGAUAAGAAAUGUAUCAUGUUUAAAAUCCUAUUCAUAUUAUUGCAGUCCAUGAAUAGUCAGCAGAUAACGUUGGGGUUAACUGCAGAAUGUUGUCCACAGUGGACCAGUCAAGGAAUAAAGACCACUUCACCGUAAAAAAGAUUUUUGAGACAAAAAGAUAUUAAACUUUAUCAUCUUUAAGUUUUUAUGGCCUUUUCUUCCUAUUAACUUGAUCUGAUGAUGAGAUUUACACAAUAAACUCUUUAAAUAAUGCCUUCAGGAAAACCAUGUCUUAUAUACACUACAGGCCAAAAGUUUGGAAGCAAGAUCAGAUUUGUACAAAAAAAGAUCAUAGUUUCAUAUACAUAAUUUCCAACACAAUAAACAUGACUAUUGUGUAAAGAGUAACUUAUCAGAAGACAUUUUGACUUUAAUUAUUAGGUAUUCGAGUUAUUGUUGCUUAGACUUUGCUUUCUUUAAAGUAACCUCCUCUGGCUUUAACAACAGCUUGGCAUAUACCAGGCAUUCGUUCCACAAGUUUUUUAAGGUAUGUUCCAGGGAUUGCAUUCGAAGCUUUUUUAAGUUCAUUGAAAAGAGACUGCUGAUUCGUGGGACGUGCGUUUCUGACCGAUCAAUCCAAUUCAUCCCGCACAAGCUCUAUUGGAGAAAGGUCUGGAGACUGACGGGGUCAAACCAUCUUUUGAAGAACACCUUCCUCUUCUUUUUUGUCUCGGUAACCCUGACAGAGCUUAGCAGAAUGCUUAGGGUCAUUGUCUUGCUGCAAAACAAACUUGUGACCCACAAGUCUGAGUCCAGAUGGAACAGCAUGGUGCUGGAGGAUGGAGUGGUACUGUCCCUUCUCCAUGAUACCCUUUACUUCAAACAAAUCUGCUACUCCAUCACCUGCAAAACAUCCCCAUACCAUGGAACUACCACCUCCAUGCUGAAUUGUGGGUGUAACACAUGGUGCGUUCAGACGUUCACCAGUUUGUCUGCGGACAUAGACUCUGCGUUUUGAACCAAACAGUGCAAACUUGUUUCUAGUCACCAUAAGUCCAAUUUUUGUGAGCUCUUUCCCACUCAUAUCUCUUUUUCUUGUUCUGUGGACGAAGUAGUGUUUUUUUGCAGACACACAACCCUUCAGACCAGCCUUUCUCAAACGUCAUUUCACGGUUGUCAGAGAUAUGGGUUUCGACCUUGUCAUGUUGAUUUCCUCCCUUAUUUGUGGUGCUGUCUUUCGCCGAUCUCUCUUACUGGUGACAAUGCUAUGUUUAUCCUCUGGUUUUGUAGUAACUCUCUUUCAUCCAGGCCUUUUCCUAUCCUCAUAAGUCCAGGUUCCUCUCGUCUCUUCAGAAUGUAGUGGACUCCUUUGUUAAAUACCUUUAGGCGUUUUGCAAUUUCUCUUUCUGUGUAUCCUUCUUUCCUCAAUGUACAAAUCUGUACUUUUGUUUCUUUACUCAGUUGCUUCUCUCUAGACAUUUUUGCAGUAGUUUGACCGCAGUUGAGAUUUAUUAGGAUUUUUGUAUGCAGGCUCUCAAAAGCCAAAAAAUUUAAGCGAAUAAUCCAACUGUGAUUUGUUUUUUUUGCUUUUGCACUGAAGUUGUGACUCCUGCAAAUGUUUUUGACCCUAAAACUAAGCCCUUAUUUUCUUUUGCUGACAUACAUUUAGGCAUGGUCUGUUAACAUCAAUUUAUAUCUAAAGGUAAAUGGAGUAAAAUGGUGCAUUUCCAUGAAAGCAACAUCUGAUCAUGUAGUAAAUACAUCCCAAAAUACAGAAAACUCAUGCUGGAUUAAAAAAAAAAAAAAGCAUUGUGAACAAAAACUUUGAAGUUACUCCCAACUGUUUGGCCUGUAAUGGCCUUGCUUCCAAACUUUUGGCCUGUAGUGUAUAUCUACAAGAACACAAUACAGCCUGUGUGCACGUUACUUCAAGAAAUGUUCAAGCCUAAUCUGAAUACUUGAUAAUAUGCUAAUUAGUUAACAGCGCGAUUAAUCGAUGCUGUUUUGACAUUAAGAAAUAAGCCCUGAUUAAAAAAAGGACAUUAAAUCAAUUACAAUUCCUUCUAAUAUAUCUUUGUUGUAUGCGCUCACUGCAGACAAAGGACUGGUGGACAUAUGAGUUCUGUCAUGGUCAGCACAUCAUACAGUAUCACCUUGAAGGCGGUGAGUACCUUCAUAGUUUUGAAUUCAACAUUUUCACAAAAUUGACAUGAACUGAGAAUCUGUCUUUCUCUUGUUUUUAACAUGUUUUUUUUCACCAGAAACAGAGAUCAAAGGAGACGUCCUUUUUCUGGGUUAUUAUGAAUCUGAAUUUGAUUGGAGCAAUGAAACAGCAAAGGUAAAGUUACUUGAAGUUACAUGAUAUAUACAUAUAUAUAUAUAUAUAUAUAUAUAUAUAUAUAUAUAUAUAUAAACAUCUUAUUUGUGAACGGUGCACUGAGCCUUAUUGUCCAAGAAGAUUAAAAGUCAUUUUCUGUUCUGUUUACUCUGCAGGCAUCCAAGCAGCACAGACUGAAGCGCUACCACAGUCAGUCCUACGUAAACGGCUCAAAAUGUGACCUAAAUGGAAAUCCCAGAGAGACUGAAGUCAGGGUGAGACAUUUUUAAUACAAAAUGUUUUUGUAUUUCAUGCUGCUUGUGUUGUUUUGUCUUGUUUCUCUGUUCUGUUUAAGUCAGCAGCUUUGCUGUUGUCUCAAACAGAGAUAUGAAAUCGAUGUAAAUGCUUGUUUUGCCAACGCAACACUCUUGACCUGGCUGUUUAACUCUUGUUAUUUCCAGUUUGUGUGUGAAGAGGGAGCAAGUGACUACAUCGCCCGAGUGGAUGAACCUCAGUCCUGCCGUUAUGUGCUGACAGUUCACACUAGUCGCACCUGCCAGCAUCCAUUCCUGAAGCCACCAUCCACUGCCAAGCCUCAAGGGAUUGUGUGCCAACCUGCGCUGAGUGCCCAACAGUACAUGGACUAUGUCAAGGCUCAAGUCUGUGAGUUCACAAAAUGAGGGUCUCUAUGAUAUUUUGGUGAAACUAAUAUAACUUCAGAAUUUAAGUGUUAUUUCUCUGCAAUUUUAUGCUAGAAGAGUAUUUGUAAUCAGAUAGGAUGAUCUAAAAUCUUUUAUUCCUUGGGUAUGAGGUUCCUCUCUUUUCCGAAAAGAGGUAAUUUUGUGAUCUUUCUCCUCUUUCUUGGCUGUUGGCUCUCAGCGGACACAAAACGUAAAGUGGAGCAGAUCUCAGAGGAGCUGAGGAGUCUCGAUGAGAUGCUGGCUGGUAAUGAGGGAACAGGCAAAGCUGUGGAGGAGACUACAGGAGAAAAAUCACCUGCAGCCACAGAUGAUAUAAAUGGGUCUGAAAGAGAAGGUGCCUUUUUUUCAACACUUUGGCAUUUAAAGAACUUAAGCUGUCAUGGUUUAAAAUAAAAGUUUCAGCGUUUACCAAGCAUGUAUGAUGUGCUUUUGUGUUGAAACAGAAACAGCAGAUGUGUCUGAAGAUGCUUGGUCAGAGGAGGGGGAGGACUCUGAAUUCUGGGAGGGUGUCACCAAACCCAGGGGUUCAAAAUCAACGGCAUCUACAAAGGACGAUCAGGUGGGCAAAAAAGAAAAAAAAACAUCUCUCAGAUUUGGUCCAGUCUGCUUGGCUGUGCUGCUGUCAUGAACGACAAGCCAAAAAAAGUGAUUCUUUUUGGCAGGGAAGCUCAACAUGUUGGAAAAAGGCUCAAAUUGUUGGCACUCUGUUGAAACUUCAAACACUAGGUGGAGCAGUAGGUCAACUUUUUCUCAUCUUACUUCACAACUCUAACCUGUUUCUUUCUUUCUUUCUUUCUUUCUUUCUUUCUUUCUUUCUUUCUUUCCUACAGGCAUCAGAUGACGGCUUUAACUCAGUUACAGAUAAUGAAGUCACAGAUGACGGUGAGGAAGGUACGCUUUGUCACACACACACACACACACACACUCUCUCUCUCUCUCUCUCUCUCUCUCUCUCUCUCUCUCUCUCUCUCUCUCUCUCUCUCUUUCAUCAUGUAUUCAUUGACCAGAUCAUUAAUUAAGGAAAUUAGCAGAGCUACAGAUUUAUCACUUUCUUCCCAGUUGUGUAGAAUUGAACAGUUUAGAGUUCACACAGGUACCUGGUGAUAAUUUGAUUAACUAUUUUGUUGUCAUUCAUUGUUGGACUAAGCUGUUUUUCUUCCGCGAAUCAACUUCUUUCAGUAGAAAAAUUCAACUUCAAAAUCAUCACUGACCCAGCAGACCUGAUGAAAUUUGUCCAACACCUCAAAGAAAGUAACAGGAAGGUUAGUGUUGCUGAUUAUGCUGAUACUGUCUUUUGCACUUCUCCGAAUGUAUACUCAGUGACGGAUACUUUUACAGAAAGCACAAAACCAAGCUAAAAGUCAAGGAGAGAACCCAUCAAGCAACACAGUUACACAGAAGCUCAGCACAGACGAGAAAGAUGAAGAUGAUCGCCUACUUCAAGAGUUUGAGGAGGAGAUGGCCGACCUCUCAGUGCCCUCUGAUAAGAUGGAAGAAAUCAAGGAAGAAAUGCAGAAGGAGUUUGACAACAUCAUAAAUGAGGUUGACAAACAGAUCGUGUGUAUAGAAAAUCAAAAAGCAAACCUGCCACAGUGAAAUUCAGGAACAUAAUGUGGGACUUCUCUCUGUGUUUCAGGCUCAGCAGGAGUUAGAGACAGAAGGGCUCAAGGGGGAAUUUGAUCGCACUCAAGCCACACAAACACUGGAGACUACACUGGACAAACUGCUCGAUCAUUUAGAGGAGAAAGAAGUCCAGGACACCGAGCAGCAAACAGACCAAGUUCAGAGAGGCAGUGACCCGACCAGAGGCAGCCCAAGCCUGGCUCCGAAGCAGCCAGGUAACCAGGCAGACCAUCCUGCUGUGGUUGUGUGUCAUCUGUUAUCAUAUCUGUGCACUUUGCAUCCAUCAUCCUCAUGCGUCAUUCUCAUGCAGAGCUCAUGUUUGUUGUUAUAUCUUUCAUCCCAAAACAGACACGUACAUGACUUAAUCCCCCCCAAAAAAGAAUACCUUCAGAUUUGUACUUUGGGCUUUUCCAGUCAGUCAGUGGCCCUCUCCUGCUCCCAUAAAUGUAUCUUUUAGUGAUUUUGAGUAAAUUAAAUAAAAAAUGCCGAAAUAAUUCAGUAAUUGAAGUGUUUAACAGUGAUCAAAUGUUGAAUGUUUUAAAUGAUUUAUUACUGGCUCCUUCCUCCUCCAUCUUGUGGCUCUGCUGACAGCUCUUGAGGUGAACUGUGUUGUUUGUCCCCUCUUUUGUCUCGUCACCCCAGACCAAGCGGCUGACGACCAUGUUAAGAUCAAAAUUACUAAGUAUAAGACGGGCAGCAGCCCUGAUGGGGAGGUCAAAGUUCAGGAGAUGGGCGAAGGAGACCCGCAGUGGCAGCACAUAAAGGACGUGGUAAAAGAACAGCUAGAGAAAGCAGGACUGAAGGCAGAAGGUACGAGGGGGGAGUGCCCAAAACACUCAUGGCCUUUUCUCUCUUCCAUCUGUAAUCUUGAGCCUUUUCCUCCUCUCAUCUCCGUCAAAAAUAAACACCACUGUCAGUCUAAGAUUUUUAGGGUUUAGCACAAAAUUAGUACCUGAUAUGAGUGGUUGCAAACAAUUUUUUAAGCUGCAAGCAAUCAACCAAAAUAUGUAUUCAAACAUUUGUGUGGCUCUUGACUAUUAUUUUUUCUUCAACGUAACUGUCACAGUCAUGAGGGCAAAACACCCCAGACAGCAAUUUAACUGUAGCUUAUCUUAAAGACUAAGGGACAUGAAAAGUGUGUGAUCCGUGGGUGUCCUUUCCUUUCCAUCCACUGUUGUGUUUUUUUUUCCAUCAUCAGAAUGUUCAUUUUUUGUGUGUGUUAGUGUGUGUCUUGUCGUACUAUUGAGAAUCCAGUAAGCUCAUGUUUAACCAUCAAGCCCGUCUUUUCUCCUGCGUUUUUUCUUCAGGUAAAAUCGAGGUGAAGAUCUUGACUAGAAAAAAUGCAGAGGAGGCAGGUGAUCAGUGGCUAACCGAAGAAGAUACAAAGUCCUUCAGAGAGCUCCUCAUAAAUCUCCUGGUAAUUUAAGAGUUGAUUAUGAUUCUUUAUUGGAUUCACUUGCAGCCUUUGAGUUAGAGUCAUAUUGUGUCUGUCUUUAAGUGUGUAAUGUGUGUGUAGUUUUCUAUUUGAACAUAUUUGCCCACCUGUUUUUUAAAAAAUUGUCAUCACACAUGUAUGGCACUGAUUUAGUCUGUAGUGGACCUUCUAUAGACUUGUGUUUUCUUAUUUUCAACAUUUUACGGUAAGCACUACAAAUUUGGACAGCUUAGAGACUUCAAGCAAUAGUCAAACAUUACUUAAAAUAUGUUCAGUUUUUCUAAAGCUUAAGAUGAAUGCCAAAGUUGAACGACUUACACGUACAAAACAAUUCAACUCUAAAAUUUUACAGAUGUUUCCUUUUUUAAAAUAGGAAUUUUCCAGUUAUACAACAGGGGAAUAGAGAAGGAAAAACAGUCAUACAAACAACCUCCACAGGAAUAACUAUACUAGGCUUACAGAGCAGCAUAGUGGCAGAUGUACAUUUGAGAACAUAUUCAACACAAGCAAGAUCUAUAAAUAGAAGGAAACAACAUCAGUAAGUGCCAAAAAAGUGCUAUAAGUGAUAUUGGGCUAAGUGUUGUCAGGCAGUAAUUAAGGAAAUAUAUAUAUAAAUAAAUAUAUAUAUAUAUAUCCACCAUCAACCAAAGUGAAUCAUCAACCAAAUAAUGUUAUAAUGACCCUGUCGUUAUUGUUACCAUCUAUCAUCAUCAUCAUCAUGAUUAUCAUCAUCAGGUGCACCAAGUGCAAUAUUGUUCACAAAGAGCUAGGCAAAGUGUCUCAAAGUAGACAGGGACAUUUGUUUCAGUCAUUCUACCACUGAGGACGACAGAGGAGAAGAGCUGGGCUCAAGUGCAUAGGUGUUCUCUAAAGAGCUGAGUCUUGAGUUUUUUUCAUAAAAAGUAGAGAGGGACUUUGGAGGUUGGUUAUUCAUUUCAACACUGGGGGAAGAGUCUGGCUAGUUGUGAUGGGAACACCGGGCACCUUUCAUCAGGGCUGCUGUCGGGAGCCAAUGGUGAGAGAUGAACAGUGAAGUGAUAUGUGUUGUUUUGGGUUGAUUGAAAACCAGAAGUACUGCUGCAUUUUGGAUCAUCUGCAGUCUCUGAUAUUAUGAGAGCCUUUACAAAAGCUGUGUUAUGUGCUCUGUCAGGUAACCAAGCAACUGAGGUGACAUGGACAAAGAUUAGUUGGUCAUCAAUCAUGACACCCAGAUGCCGAGCAGACUUAGUGGGCACAAGUUCAUUUGACCCAAGCUGGAUAUACUGAUCUGUGGUUGUAUAUAGAGAGUGGCUGGAAUGAAAAGAAGGCUGUAGGUGGUGUUCCUUCAUCCAUUUAGAAAAAGCCCUGAGGCAUGAUGAGAUCAGGCCUGAGACAGUUGUGCCAUCUGGAGGGAAUGACAGGAAGAGCUUUUAUCAUCUGCAUAGCAAUGAUAUGAGAAUCCAUGACAUUGGAUUAUUACACUGAGUGAGAUUGUGUACAGUGAGAAAAGCAGGGGACCGAGCACUGGCCCUUGAGGAACCCCUGUUGAACUUCUCCUCUCCAUGAUACAAUAAAAGGACACAAACAACUCGGGGGCAGAUCCAGAGAUACCUAGUUCCAAGAGUGUGGAGAGGAGGAUUUGGUGGUUCACUGUAUCAAACGCAGUAGACAGAUCCGGGACUGACAGGCAGCUUUCGCCAAACGCAGCAAUUCUGAUACCAACAACAGAGCCUUUUCAGCAGAAUGACCCCGCCUAAAACCAGACUGUUAGGGGCCAAACAGGUUGCUGUUGUGUUUCAGAAACCUGAACAAACACUAUGCGCACAAGAAUUUUCUCAAGGAAAGGCAGAAGUGAAACUGGUCUGUAAUUAUCCACCUGGACGUGGAUGUGUGGAUGUCUUAAGCAGCAGGGUGACCUGAGCUUGCUUAAAUGCUGUGGGUAAAAUCCCAGAUGACACUGAUUAGUUAAUAAUGUGGGUAAUUGCAGGGUUGAGUGUGGACAGAAUGGUAAGCAAAAGGACCUUUGGGAUUGAGUCCAGUGAAAAGGUUGGGUGCCUUGAGUCAAGCAGAAGCCUAGAGAUUUCCUCUCAGUGGAGUAAAUGAACUCAGUAAAGUACCACUAGUCAGAGGCUGAAAGCAGAGCUGGUCAGGCCCUGAAAAUCGGUUAUUGAUGGUAAACACUUUGUCAGUGAAAUGUGAGGCAAACAUGUCUGGAGUCUGCAGGUUUGAAGGAUUAGGAGCAGGUAAUAGAGGAGAGAAUUAAAUGCCACAAACAGGCUUCUUAAAUCUGUGGCAGCACUGUGAUCUUCGCAGAUUUAAAAAAUAUAGCAAAUUUAACCAAGUCACAUAACCACUUAGAUUUUUGCCACUUUCUCUCUGAUGUGGAAUAUUCCCCUGUGACACUUAUAAAGGAAUAUCUUAUAUCUUAUGUCCUGGGCCCUAUUAUUAGCUCUUAAAAAACCUCACUGAGCCAGGGGACUGGGUAUGUGUGGAGCAAGAUGGGCAAGUUGUGGGAAGUCAACAAGGGAGUGAAUAAAUAAAUGAUCUGACUAGUGAAGUGGGGAUACAGUCACUUUUGCUGAGUGACAUGAAGUCAGUCUCUUGACUUUUGCCAGUGUGAGGAUGUUCACGUGUACCAUGACAAUUGGUGGUGUGCCAUCGUCAGGAAUGUCAGAGAGUAACAUGUCCAGUUCCACAACAAAGCUAUCUAGAUGUCCCCCAGGUGGGCAGCGGACAACAACAAUGUAUGCAUUGGUAGGCAUAGUGAUUUUGAGAGCAUGGUAUUGGAAAGAAAUAUUUUCACCCAUUGGGAAGGAUUUAUUGACUUUCCAGUUCUUGGAAAUCAGUACAUCUGUGCCAACUCCUCAUCCAGUAGAGCAAGGAGUGUAUGUAAACACAGUGUCAACAGAGAAGACCGCUGGUGAAGCAGUGUUUUCAUGGCACACCCAGAGCUAGGACCUAUUAAUCAUGUGACUUUGUGGAACCAUUUAUAAAUUCAGUUUUUUUUAACUGUAUGUCACACAAGACAGAAAUUCUUCCUGUGUGGGUGAUUACAGUCAAGAGCAUUAUGUACAAACUUACUCACCCAAUUACAGGAUAUGUUGGGAUUUAGGUGGCUUACCUUGGGUAACCACAAGCUCACUGCACUCUUACUUGUUUGACAUUGCUUCAUUGUGAGUGUGUCUGGGUGAAGAUGUUUUGUCAUUGGCAUGUGCCCCAUCAGCAUGUGAACUGCUGCAGGCGUAAUUAGUUCUUUUUGGAAAAACUUUAAGUUGUUUUCAUGCCAAAUAAACUUUGGUUAAUUGUUGUUUUUGACUUCACCAUUUUUUCUCUUAAACAUCACAGACUGGAGGCACAGAAGAGGUUUACAAAGAGCAGAAGAGGCAGCAGGAGUUGGAGAACAACUAUAGGUUUGUGUGGGGAGAGUCUCAGGAGGAGUCUCAGUCAUCCAGUACCUCUGACUCAGAUGAUGUGGACAUUUGAGCUUGUUCAGUGCACCCUCUGAGACAAUGAACUCCUGUGGAGGAAAGCACUCUGAAGGGCAGCCUCAAAUUUGAAUGGAGAGCCCACAUGUUGCAAAUACUGCUAUUAAACUUAGCAGAGAAUAUUUAAUCACAUCUUUGCACAUUUGGAAAAUGUGUCUGUCUGUCUUUAAUGGGCAAUGUGUGUUGUUAGGAGGCACCCGUUACAGUUCAUGUUGCACAAUGAUGCUGCAACAUGUGAGCUUCACUUGAGCUGUUAUAUUCAGUCUUGCUUUUCCCCUUUUUGAUGGGACUCAGUUUUGAUAGAGGGCUGGAAAAACCCAGUAAUGUACAAUAUUGAAAUAUGUACCUUUUUAGAAAUAUUUCAGGAUUUUUUUCUAACUAUUUGCAUCUAGUUCUGAGUUUUCAGCAACACUUAUACUGUUGCUUCUAUCCAUCCUGAAAAAAAUCCCAUCUUCAAGUGACAAGACCAGACAUUGCUCGGAUCCCAACAAAAAGUGUGGGUGUUUUCACAGGUUAUCAAUGCUUAGCUGAGAAUGUGUCCAGAUAUGAAAAAUCAAAGCACGUGUUCUUAUUUUAAAGGUUCAUAUUUCAGUUUUCAGCUAUUUUUCUCACUUGCUUUACUAACAGCUAACAGGACUGCGGAUCCUCAAAGUGUACAAGUAUUUGCUUAUGCACUUAAUAUUUUUAGAGGCCUAUCCACAAACUCAUAAUUUAUUCAUGAGCUCCUUUAAUUAGUGGCUUCCUUCUGAGUUGCCAUGUGUUGUUAAAGGGAGUAUACAAACACAUCUGAAGGGCAUAGGGAGAGCAAUAUUUAAGAGAAGAUUUUUUUUUUUUCUGACAAGGACUGCCUUUAUUUAAUUUAUAUGGCUUUGGCUAGGAAAAAGGAAAGCAAACAAAGCUUCAAUUUCAGUCAGCUGUGGUAAACAAAAAUGACAGAUCCACAAAAAAAAAAACAACAAAAAAAAACAACGGGAUUCCUCCUGCAGUGUACUUUUAAGGGCUGAAUUUGUAUAGUUUUGUGAAUAAUUGUGACUGCUUGGAACUUAAUUUGUAUAUAAUUACUGUGUGAAUAAUUUGUUGUAUAUUUGCACAAGCUAAGUAGGGUUUGAGUUAUCUGAGUAAACACAUUCAGUUUUCUGACUGUU